AUGAUUUCCACGGCUCUUCACUGGCUCAUUCUGCUGUCGUUUAUCGUCUUAACCAUCGGCGGAAACGUGCUGGUGUGUUUGGCCGUGGGCCUCACCCGGCGACUGUGGCGCAUCGCCAACUGCUUUGUGGUGUCGCUGGCGGUGACGGAUCUCCUGAUGGGCUUGCUGGUGUUGCCCUUUUCUGCCACUCUGGAACUACGCAGUGGCCAGUGGCCCCUCGGAGGCACCAUGUGUAACAUCUACGUCUCGUUGGAUGUCCUGCUGUGCGCCGCCUCCAUCCUGAGCCUGUUGGCCAUCAGCGUGGACCGAUACCUCGCCAUCUCGGCGCCUCUCAAUUACUCGUCGAGAAUCACUCCUCCCAGAGUGACGUUGGCCAUCGUCGCCAUCUGGGCCUUGUCGCUGGCUGUGUCUUUCGUGCCCAUCCACCUCGGCUGGAACACGACGGACUACAGAGUGCAGCACUUGGACUGGCACGUGGGGCAAGAGCACAAGGAGGGACGCUAUUGCCAGUUUGAAUGGAAUAACAACUACAUUAUUUUGUAUGUCUUGUGCUCAUUUUACCUUCCUCUGCUGAUUAUGUGUGGGAUGUACCUUUGCAUAUUCAGAGUGGCACGCCAACAGGUGCGACGAAUCCGUGCCUCCACGCCAUCUUUCGCCCGCAUGGCAUCAACUGCAGCCAUUGCCAAAGAGCACAAAGCUACCAUAACGCUAGCCGCUGUGCUAGGGGCCUUUGUCAUCUGCUGGUUCCCCUACUUCACCUUCUUGACCCGAACGGGAAUCAAGGAACAGAAGAACCCCCCGACUACCCUUCACUCGGUACUGCUGUGGCUCGGCUAUUUGAACUCAGUCCUGAACCCCAUCCUCUAUCCCGCCUUGAACCGGGACUUCAGAAAGGCCUACGCAGAGCUGCUGUUCUGCAUGGGAUCUUCACGCAGAAAACUGCAAGCGCACAAAAGAUCAACACACUCUCACGGGCAACGGCAUUCCCAAGUGUCUGACGACAGUGUUAAAGAAAUAGAGAUGAAGCGCUUAAAUAGACAAACUACUACUAAUAAUAAUAAUAAUAAUGGUGUAACUAGCGAAUCUAUGCUUCGCUGUGCACAGCUCCAGAUUUGCUAA